CAUACUCCUUAUUACUUAACAUGAUAUGAAAUCUUUAGCUCUGCUAAACUCCUCUUGUUAGUCAGCGAAUUAGAGUUUCUAGGACAAUGUCUUAAUUCUAAAUCAAGGUCUUGUGCUUUGCUAAUCCUCCUACAAUCCUCUCCUGCGGUUCGGAUUCAUAAAUUGUUAUUUAAGGAAACCAGGAUAGCGAAACAUGUAUUUGGUAAGGGGGUCGAGCGAGAGAUUUAUUCUAAACUCAUCAUCCCCAUCAGACUUUGAGGAGAAUAGGAAAGAAACAGAGUCAACACUGUGUUUGUGGCCUGGCAAUUAAGCCAUUUAGCCACCUCUUACGAUGUAUUUGUGAUAUGGACAUUUCUCGUUGCUUUAUCAAAAACAAGUAACUACCUAGGUUAGGAAAACAUAUGUAUGCUGAGUGAUUGUGUGUUGACAAUAAUGUUUAUGGGAAUACCGUCAAAUUAGCAUAGCUUGUUUGUCCAUUCGACAUUUUACCAAUAUGUCACCGAAGCGGGGUCUGAGCCCCCAACUAGUCGGCAAUCCAUUCAUUAAAAAGGAGAAUUUAGAAUGGACUUUCGAUCUUUCCCGCCCAACCCGCGACAGUGGUGAAGAGGGUAGCUCCGAUGAGAUAGGUAACUACGGAUCUGAGGUGGAAGAAGAGGAACCAAGGGCUUCGGCUGUAGAGGCGGGCAAGGCCAAGAUCGAGGACCAUCUCGGUUACUUCAGCGGGCUUUUAACGAAGACUAUACUGUCGCCUUUCCCGUCGGAUAUACCAGGACUAUCUAUCGGAGCCUACCGGAAGCUUUGAGCAAAACUCGGGUAAUCCUCGAGGCGCGCAUUUCGUUGUGCAUCAGCAUGAUCAUCCUAUUGCAGGCACGCAUUACGAUCUCCGGUUACAGAUCAACGAGACAAGUAGCGCAUCCUGGGCUAUCAUGUAUGGGCUCCCAGGUGAUCCUAACAGCCAGCGUUUAAAUAGGAACGCCACGGAGACAAGAAUCCACUGUUUAUGGGUAUGUUCCCCUAAACCUAACUGGGGUUCC